UUACGGUCUUGCUGUAUAGGAAUUAGGAACGAGGGAUAGGCCACCUUAUUUUAUAAACUAAAUCAGGAGAUUUGAUUUGCAAAAUCAGACCCGAAGCCAUGCCCACUCCAAGACCACCAACGAGCCGUCAAGCUCCUCUCCAGCACCUGCCAUUUCUUUUCAAAUCAGUUCAUAGACCCUCCUCUUCUCCUACUAACCCUAUUAAGCUCUUGAAAAAAUCAGCCGACGCUAAAAACUUAAAAAUAGGAAAAGUAAUCCAUGCCCACUUGAUCACAAGUAAUCAAGCCUCCAAAAACUGCGACGUGUUUCAAACAACCUCGCUGAUUAAUUUGUACGCGAAAUGUGAUGAAAUAUCUACUGCCCGCCAACUGUUUGAUCAAAUGAGUGAAAGAAGUACAGUUUCGUGGAGCGCGUUGAUGGCGGGGUAUUUACAAAAUGGGUUGGCUUUGGAAGUUCUUGGGCUAUUUAAGAAAAUGGUUUCAGUGGAUAAUUUGCGUCCGAACGAAUAUGUACUUGCUACUGCUCUUUCUUCUUGUUCUAUUAGUGGAAGGGUUGAAGAGGGCAAGCAAUGUCACGGGUACGUGUUGAAGUCUGGAUUGGUGUUUCACCAGUAUGUGAAGAAUGCACUUGUUCACAUGUAUUCGAGGUGUUCAGAUGUGGAAGGUGCUAUGCAGGUUUUGAAUACAUUGCCUGGAUAUGAUGUUUUUUCCUAUAAUUCAGUCAUGGAUGGACUUAUGGAACUUGGGUAUCUGAGGGAAGCUUUAGAAGUUUUCGGUAGGAUGGUAGGUGAAUGUAACGCCUGGGACAAUGUUACAUAUCGUACCCUUUUUGGCCUUAGCGCUCGUCUUAAAGAUUUGAAGUUUGGUAUGCACGUUCAUGGUCAGAUGUUGAAGAGUGACCUUGAGUGUGAUGUCUUUGUUGGUAGUGCCAUUAUUGAUAUGUAUGGAAAAUGUGGUAACGUUCUGAAUGCAAGGAAAGUUUUUAAUGGUUUGCAAAAUAGGAAUGUGGUCUCUUGGACGGCACUCAUGGCUGCUUACUUCCAAAAUGGUUACUUUGAGGAAGCACUACAUCUACUUUCAAAAAUGGAACUUGAAGAUAUUAUGCCUAAUGAAUACACUUUCGCUGUUUUGCUGAACUCGAGUGCAGGUUUGUCUGCACUGAGACUGGGAGAUCUAUUACAUGCACGUGUUGAGAAGUCAGGUUUCAAGGACCAUACUAUUGUCGGGAAUGCUUUGGUCAUAAUGUAUUCCAAGACUGGCAACAUCAAAGCAGCAAAUAAAGUCUUCACUGAUACGAUAUACCGAGACUCCGUUACCUGGAAUGCAAUGAUAUCUGGUUAUUCCCACCAUGGGCUUGGUAAAGAAGCUCUAAUUGUGUUUCAAGACAUGUUGGCUACAGGAGUGAGUCCUAACUACGUAACUUUUGUUGGGGUUCUAGCUGCAUGUGCCCAUUUGGGUCUGGUGCGAGAAGGAUUAUACUAUUUGAAUCAGCUAAUGAAACAAAUGGGCAUUGAACCUGGACUGGAGCACUAUACCUGUAUUGUUGGGCUUCUGAGCAGGGCUGGACUACUUGAUGAAGCUAAGAAUUUUAUGAGAUCUGCACCAGUAAAGUGGGAUGUCAUUGCGUGGCGUACUUUGCUUAAUGCUUGUCAUGUCCAUCGGAAUUAUGGCUUAGGGAAGCAGGUUGCAGAAUCUGUCAUGCUCAUGGACCCUCAUGAUGUGGGAACAUAUGUAUUGUUGUCAAAUAUGUAUGCCAAGGAAAGGAGAUGGGAUGGAGUUGUGAAGAUUCGGAAAUUGAUGAGAGAAAGAAACAUUAAGAAAGAACCUGGAGUGAGCUGGUUAGAGAUAAGGAAUAUUACCCAUGUCUUUGUUUCAGAAGACAACAAACACCCAGAGUCUAGUCAGAUAUAUGAGAAGGUAGGGGAAUUGCUGGCCAAGAUUAAACCAUUGGGGUAUGUCCCUAAUAUUGCUUCAGUACUGCAUGACAUGGAGGAUGAGCAGAAAGAAGACUGUCUUAGUUAUCACAGUGAGAAGUUGGCCAUAGCAUAUGGCCUAAUGAAAACACCUUCGGAAGCACCCAUACGUGUAAUUAAGAACCUUAGGAUGUGUGAUGAUUGCCAUAGUGCCGCCAAAUUAAUUUCGAAGGUCACAAACAGGGUGAUAGUUGUUAGAGAUGCCAACCGUUUUCAUCAUUUUCAAGAUGGUUGCUGUUCUUGUGCAGAUUACUGGUGACUGUUACGAUCAUGUGUAUAUAAGCUGUUGGCACCCUCCUCUUGCGAACUGGUUUUUAAGAGUAAAUUUUACAUGGAAUUUGUAUAAGUGACAUCAUGAUGACUUUCCAGUUAUACGGCUGGCUGGCUGAGAUAUGGAUAGUCAACUUCACUAGGCUGCUACAGCCCUGAGGCAAGGCCAAGUGGGAACAUCAGCGACUCAGCUUGAGCAAAUGGAAAGGGUACUAGUUUUCUACGUUUUAUGAUUUGAUGAAUCCAAAUUUGCGCUCGGCUUCUUUGCCUUUGGUAAGCUGGAUGGAGGGUUUUUUUCCAACUCCUGCAGCUUGGAUAUGUAGAGUCUCUGCAGCAUAUUUAAUUUAGAGAGAAAACUCCACUUACUUCUUGAUUUAAUUUUUUUUCCUACA